CAUGGGAGUUUGCUCUUGGAAGGGCAUAGAAAAGAAAUCAAGUGCACGAGUGGAUGGAACUGUGUGCACCAUUUGUCCAACAAAACUGGCAUCUUAAUCACCACUCUGUAUUUUGUCACUAUGUUCCAUUCUAAACGGUGAAGGUCUCAGCUUUUAGACACUGCUAUAAGAUAAAGGGAAAAACCAAACUGAUGUGCUUCUUUUAAUGCGAUGCAUAAAGCCAACCAGCACAAAAGCUUCAAAGUUGAUGCCUUUAAAAUGCAUGCAAUACAUUUGCAUCAUUAUUGUUGAUAGCAUAAUCUGCAAUACCACAUACCUCAGUUUGCCUCCAUGUUUCUUGUCUUAUCAUUCUUUUCUAAUCCCCAAGUUUUACUUUGAAAAUACAUUCUACAAAAGCUAUGACAUGAUUUUCCUCCUUUUAAUGAAAUGCCAAAAACCACAGCAACUUUUUCAAAGGCUUCCAAAAGGGUGUGGUUUGGUUAGUCAUGUGAGAGUGUGACUAGUCAAAAACUAAAAAAAAGGGUCUUAUGAGGUUCAUAGAUUGUUUGUCAACAGAAGUACAACAUAAAUAUACUCUUGUUCUUUUCUUUAUACCAUAGACCAUAGCAGUUGAAAAUAACAUUAACCUGACGUAUAUUAAAAAAGGACAAUGUGUUUUUGGAAUUGAAAUAGAUAUAACUGAGUGAGGCUGUUUGGAUUUUGAACCACCAAACUUGGUUCAGCUUUCCAAAAGCUUGUCUGUGUGAGAAGUCUCAUUCCAUCAGAGUGGAGAUUCUGCUACUUGUAAGCGCAGCUAUGCUUUAAAAUUAAUGUAUUUCGGAUGUUUCUUCCUAUUUUGACAAUGUCACAUUUAUGAAACUUUGUCAAUAUCUGGUCCUGGCGUCUGCAGCAUUUAAUGGUUUUUUGGUGCAUUUAUUGUCAGUGUUUAAGCCAAUUCUGACACUAACAUGCAUGAAAUAAAGUGGCGCGAUUCUGGUUCCAAGCAAUUCAAGUUCAUGGACCCAACAGUUUCAAUUUCAAGUCACAAGCGCUCCAACAGUGACCCAAUGAAGAGGAGAGUCAUGGGAGAUGGAUUAGGGAGCAUCAGUGAAGCUUCUUGUCAGCCUGAAGUGGAUCCGGGGGAACUAAAGCAAAACAUUGAAUCCAAGAAGAGGCAAUACCAUAAUAUGGAUCUUCAAAGUUCUUUGACUCAAGAGAUUCUUCAGCUUCAAAAACGACUACAGCAACAAUUCGUGAUACGGCGCGCAUUAGAGAAAGCAUGUUAUGUGCCUUUUUCACAGGAUGCUACAAUAGAAAAUUCAAUACCCAAGGCUGCAAAGGAACUGAUUAAGGAAAUUGGAAUAUUAGAAUUAGAAGUUGUGCAUUUGGAACAAUACCUACUUUCUUUGUAUCGGAAAAGAUUUGAUCAACAAAUUUCAACUCUAUCAACCAAGGAAAGAAGAUUGGAAUUAGCUUCAGACACUAAUCAAGGAACAUCCGCAGUGCCUGGAAAUGAUGCUAUCUCUGACAAAGAAAUUUCAGUUGUGCACUGUAGUAAUGUCAUUUCACCCAGAAAUUCAUCUGGGUUUAAGCUUAAGGAAUGCAAUAACCAGUUGGGAGCAGAAACUGGUUUAGACUCUAGUAUUCAUCGAUGUCACUCCACACUAUCUCAACGAACAACAUGCUCAAUUGAAGCUUCUCCUGGGAACAUUGAGACCAAAGCUGUUGUUGACUCUUACCAUUCUCUACCAUUAUCCAUGUUGGAGCAAGCUCAGUAUGCUAAAUCAAGUUCAACCAGCCUGGCAGAGCAUCUUGGGAGUAGCUAUGUUGCUAAUGUUCCAGAAACACCAAAUUGGCUUUCUGAGGAGAUGAUUAGGUGCAUAUCGGCUAUAUAUUGUGAACUUACAGAGCCACCUUCUCUUGGUCAUAAAAAUGCUCCAUCACCUAUUUCAUUCUCAUCUUCUGGUAACGAGUUAUCUACACAGAGCCAGUGUACUAAGAAGGGAUCACAUUGGAAGGAGCAUUCAUCCUUCAAUUUAAACUCCACUAACCCUUUCCACGUCAGAGGGUCCAAAGAAUUUAGUGGACCUUAUUGCUCUAUGAUAAGGAUACAGCAAUUAUGCACAGAUAGUCAGAAAUUAAAAGAAAUUGAGUACAUGCUACGAAGGUUUAGGUCACUUGUUUCUCGGCUGGAAGAUGUUAAUCCUAGAAAUAUGAAGCAUGAAGAAAAACUUGCCUUUUGGAUUAAUGUGCACAAUUCCUUAGCAAUGCAUGCCUUAUUAGUUUAUGGAGUUUCAGCCAACCAUGUUAAAAGAAUGUCUUCGGUACUGAAGGCCGCAUAUAACAUUGGGGGACAUACUCUAAGCGUAGACCUGAUACAGAACUUCAUUCUGGGAUGCAGAUUGCCUCGCCCAGGACAAUGGCUGAGGUUGUGGUUUCCUUCAAUGACAAAACCAAAGGUUAGAGAUGCAAGAAAAGGAUAUGCUAUACAUCGUCCAGAACCUUUAUUACUCUUUGCUCUAUGCUCAGGAAGCCAUUCUGAUCCUGCGGUACGUUUGUACACAUCCAAGAGAGUCUUUGAGGAGUUACUAUGUGCCAAAGAGGAAUACAUUCAGUCCACCAUCACCAUAAGCAAGGAACAGAAACUAGUUCUCCCAAAGAUGGUUGAUUCCUUUGCAAAAAAUUCAGGUCUAGGAGCAUCUGAUUUGGUGGAGAUGGUUAAGCCUUAUCUACCCGAUUCUCAAAUGAAGAGCAUUCAAGAGUUUCAAUCAAAGACAAGCUGGAAAAGCAUUGAAUUAACCCAUCAUAACUUCACUUUCCAUUACUUGAUUUCAAAGGAAUUAGCUUGGUAAUGGAAUGCCUUGGUAGGAUUCAUCCGUGUAUGUAUGUGGGUAGAAUAAUCGUCUGUCUAUCCAUAUCUAUCCAAGACUUACAUUUGAUGGUAAGCACUGAUGUAAUGUGCAAGAAAGAAAUGUGUCUGCCUCAAAGCAUAACUGGUGAAUAAUAAUUGUCUGCCUAGUGACAAUCUGGAAAUUUUGGGAGCAUGGACUACAAAAGUUUUGCUGCAUAACUCUAGUUUAAGGUCCCUGUGUUUAAGUAUUUUACCAUAGCUAUAUUGUUUUUCUUUUUUCAAUUGAAUGUAUAUUCUUAAUUCUUUUCCUCAGCAUCUGCUUUGUCUGAUGGAACAAUCCUGAACAAUUUUUCUCACUGUGCUCAGUAGAAAUCUUUAUUGCCACCCAGCAAUACUAAGAAGCACAUUCUUGUGGCCUUUUGAUCA